CAUUUGAAUAAAAAUAAUUAUGCCCUCGUAAAUUCGAUAUUAUUAUCUAUUUACUAUCAACCUUGUCUCGCACAGAAACAGUUUAAACUGUAGAAUUUAUUAAAAAGUUUAUGAAACUGCAUAAUGUGAAGAAUAUGUUAACUGACUACAGCUGUUUCGAAAAACGUUUAUCUCUAAAAAAUAAAAUUUGAUCACUUUAAGAGUGAAAAGUUAGUCAUAAAAAUAUAUUAAAAGUAAUUCAUAAAAAUAUAAAUAGAAGCUGAAAUUUGAAAAGGAACUACGUCUAGCAAGAAAUUCAUUCCCUAGAGGACGUAAAACAAUUACACCUGUUACCAACCAAUAAAUUAUUUCUAUUAUUUCUACUUAAACAUUGGAUGGAAUGGACUCAUCAAAAAAAUACGUUAAUAAAUCUCCAGAAGAAAAUGCCGGUGUGAUUUCUAGACUUUUUUUUGUGUGGUUUCUGCCGUUCUUCAAAUUUGGUUACCAAAAUGACAUUCAAUUGAAGCAUGUCUACAGCAGUACUAAAAAUGAUAUGUCCGGACCUCUCGGUGAUGCUCUACAAAAAAAUUGGGAGGCGGAAUUACGUAAUACCAAAGGAGAAAAAAAGAAGAAACCUAGUUUGAAAAACGCCAUCCGUAAGACAUUUUGGAUGCGAUUUGCCUUUUAUGGCUUUGCAAUGUUUAUUCAGUUUGGAAUUUUGAGGAUGACGUUACCUUUAGUAUUGGCCAAAUUCAUAAGCUUCUUCGACACAAAGAAAAACCCUCAUGAAGGCUGGAUAUGGGGAUCAGGAGUAAUAUUAAUGUCAUUUACCCAUGCUAUUAUAUCUCAUAGUGCCAGAUUAGCCUCUCAACGAAUUGGAAUGAGAGUGCGCAUAUCGGUUUGCUCUUUAGUUUACAGAAAACUAUUGAGGCUAAGUCACAGUUCCCUCGGAGAAACUGCCGCUGGUCAACUGGUUAAUCUCCUUUCCAAUGAUGUACAAAGAUUUGACUUUGCAUCUACAUAUAUGCAUGUAAUUUGGAUUAUGCCCAUACUAGCUAUAAUUUCUUUCGCUAUUCUAUGUUUUUAUGUUGGUGUUAUAACUGCAGUGGCUGGAAUGCUAUUCAUAACAUUGGAAUCAAUUCCUUUACAAGGAAUGUUGUCUAAAUGGCAAGGAAAAUUGAGGUACAAAAUUGCCCUGAAAACUGAUAAAAGAGUGAAACUCAUGAAUGAAAUUACCUCAGGGAUACAAGUUAUUAAGAUGUACGCUUGGGAGAAGCCGUUUGAAAAAUUUGUUGCGCUUUCACGAAAGUAUGAAAUAAAUGUAAUUUCAAAAACUUCUUACUGUUUUGGAAUUAUCUCGUCGAUGGGUGUAUUUACAGAACGUGUCAUUCUUUUUGUAACUGUAAUAACAUACGUAUUACUUGGAGGAAAAUUGACGAGCGACAUUGCAUUUUCUUUGGCUCAGUUGUAUAACACUGUUCAAGUCGUUAUGGCCAUUUUAUUUCCUAUGGGUUUAUCCGCCUACUCAGAAUCUAAAGUAUCAAUCACCAGAGUCGAACAAUUUUUAAUGCUAGAAGAAAAUGAAGAAAAGAAAGAUAAAAAAGAAGCAAAUGUAAGUCAUAUGGGGGAUAUUAAGAUAACUGAUGCGGUUGCGAAGUGGAAUAAAAAAUCUAUUGUUCCUACAUUAAUUAAUAUUAAUUUGCAUAUCAAGCCUGGAACUUUAUGUUGUGUGGUUGGCAACGUUGGCUGUGGAAAAAGUAGUCUGCUGCAAUUGCUACUUAAGGAACUUCCUAUAAGUCAAGGAAAAUUAGAAAUAUCUGGAAAAAUAUCAUAUGCAUCUCAGGAGCCAUGGCUUUUUGUUUCUAGUGUGAGAAAGAAUAUUCUUUUUGGGAAACCAAUGGACAAAAACAGAUAUCAAAAUGUAGUUCAAGUUUGUUCCCUCGAAAGAGAUUUUCGGCAAUUACCUCAUGGAGACAAAACAUUAGUGGGUGAAAGAGGCACUUCGUUAAGUGGAGGUCAAAGAGCAAGAGUGAACUUGGCAAGAGCCGUCUAUUCAGAAGCAGAUAUUUAUUUACUUGAUGACCCACUUUCUGCUGUAGAUACGAAAGUGGGAAGGCAUUUAUUUGAUGAGUGUAUAAUGAAAUACUUAUCUGGAAAAACUAGGAUAUUGGUUACACAUCAACUCCAAUAUAUGAGAGAAGCAGAUCUAAUAGUUAUGAUUAACAAUGGUAGAAUAGAAAGAGUUGGUACAGUAAACGAUAUAUCUGAGAUCGAAUUGAACACUCUGAAUCUCACCUCUGAAGUAGAUGAUCAAGAAAACGGAGAAAUUACAGAAGAAGCUCCCAAGGAAAAAAUGGAAUUGGAUUUGAAUGAUUCUCAAUUUCAGUCAAAUACUUCGUUGAUUAGUUUCGAAGAGCCAAAAGAAACUGAAGAAUUAAUUGCCAAAGGUACUGUUUCGACAUCUACUUAUCUGGAAUAUUGGAGUAAUGGUGGUAGCAUAUUUUCACUAUUAUUUAUGUGUGCUAUAUUCAUAUUUGCCCAAAUAAUAGCUAAUGCAACCGACCUUUGGUUAACAAAAUGGACUAACAGUGAAGCAAAUAAACGCAAUGUCGCCAAUCUAGUAUUGGCUGGAGUUACACCGUCGACUAAAGUGCCUUCUAUCAUAGCAAAAGAGUCUUUUAUUAAUUUAUUAACCAAUGGAUCCUCGACAGUAUCAGAUAAUUCGACUGUUGAAACAAUAUUAAAUUCAGUAGCAGAUUCCGAAGCAACUGAAAGUCAAGAACACUACAUCUCUAUAUAUUCGAUGUUGAUAAUAGCCUCAAUAGUAUUUGUUACAUGUCGAUCGAUGAUUUAUUAUAAAAUAUGCAUGACCGCUUCUAGAGUAUUACAUGACAAGAUGUUCAACAACAUCCUUCAAGCACCUAUGAGAUUUUUCGAUACAAAUCCCUCAGGUAGAAUAUUGAAUAGAUUUUCUAAGGAUAUGGGGGCAGUCGAUGAACAACUGCCACGUUGUCAAAUCGAAACACUUCAGAUUCUCUGUGUUAUGAGUGGAAUAUUAGUGAUGGUAUUUAUUGUAUCGCCUUGGAUGAUUAUUCCAGCAUUGCUAUUAGCACCUCUUUACUAUAUGUGGAGAAAUAUUUACUUACGAAGUUGUCAAGCUCUAAAGAGACUGGAAGGAGUCACACGAGCCCCAGUUUUUUCUCACGUAUCAGCUUCAUUAUAUGGGAUAACAACAAUCAGAGCUUCAAACGCAGAGGAUAUGAUUAUUAAAGAGUUUGAUGCUUUACAGGAUAACCAUACAGGUGCAUAUUUCUCAAUGUUGGUGAGCGGAGCAGCUUUUGGUUUUUAUCUAGAUGUUUUCAGUUGUAUUUUUCUAACAGUUGUCACGUUUCAAUUUUUAAUAUUCAGAACAGACAAUACACUAAGUGGUAACGUUGGAUUGGUAAUAUCUCAGUGCAUUAUUUUGACGAAUAUGGUCCAAUAUGGAAUUCUUCAAAGUGCAGAGGUCGUAAAUAACAUGAUUAGUGUAGAGAGAGUGUUGCAAUAUACUAAACUAGAAAAAGAAGGUCCAUUUGAGUCUUUACCAGCUAAAAAACCUCCUAGAGAUUGGCCAAAUAAAGGGGAAAUUGUUUAUAAAAAUGUUUACCUUAGAUAUGCUAUGAAUUUACCGCCGGUUUUAAAAAAUUUAACCAUCAAUAUCGCGUCUGGAGAGAAGAUUGGUAUCGUAGGAAGAACUGGAGCAGGUAAAUCAACACUAAUUUCUUCACUAUUCCGAUUGGCUCCAAUAGAUGGUACAAUACUGAUAGACGGCAUCGAUACUGCCCAGAUUGGUUUAACUGAUUUGAGAUCAAAAAUAUCCAUCAUUCCCCAAGAACCAAUAUUGUUUUCAGCAUCCAUUAGAUACAAUUUGGAUCCCCUUGAGAAUCAUUGCGAUGAAACUUUAUGGGAUGCUAUACAAAAUGUGGAAUUGAAAGAUGUGAUAAACGAUCUAACCAAACCUGUUAGCGAAGGAGGUUCCAACUUUAGUGUAGGUCAAAGGCAGCUGAUCUGUCUAGCUAGAGCUAUGGUUAGAAGAAACAAAAUCCUUGUUAUGGAUGAGGCAACUGCUAACGUUGAUCCACGGACUGACGAUCUUAUUCAAAAGACCAUUCGCGAGAGAUUCAAAGACUGUACUGUGCUCACCAUUGCUCAUAGGUUAAAUACUAUUAUGGAUUCAGAUAAAGUUCUUGUUAUGGAUAAUGGAGAAACUAUGGAAUUUGACCAUGCACAUAAAUUGCUACAAAUAUCAAAUGGAUACUUCAGUAACAUGGUAAAGGAAACUGGUGCUGCCAUGGAAGAAACACUGAGGGCCAUAGCAAAAAGUGAUUAUGACAAAAAAAAGAACAAUUACAAUCAAUCUGAACUGGAAUGUGCUUGCCGUGCCAUUACAGUCAUGGACUCGAAUGGAAUUAUUGUUCAAAACAUGGAUUCGUCUAAAAAACACGUGAACGCGUCUCCAGAAGAUAAAGCUGGAUUUCUAUCGAAGCUAACGUAUUUGUGGUUUCUGCCAUUUUUUAAAUUUGGAUAUAACAAUGACAUUGUACUUCAAGAUGUAUACAAUGCAGCCAAAGCGGAUUUAUCUGGAUUAUUGGGAGAUGCUUUACAAAGGAAUUGGGAGAAAGAACUCUUUAAAUGCAGGAAGAUGAAAAACUUGAAUCCCAGUUUAAAGAAAGCCAUAUUUAAAACAUUUUGGAAAACUUAUGCACUGUAUGGAGCCAUCUUGUUUUUUCAAUUUAUUGUUCUAAGGAUGCUCCAACCAAUAGUUCUGGCUGAAUUCAUUAACUUUUUUGAUACAGACCAUGAAUCAUAUUUGGGAUGGCUUUGGGGAUCUGGUGUGGUAUUUAUGGCAUUUGGAGCUGUGGCAAUAACUCACAAUAUUAAUUUAGCUACACAAAGAAUUGGUAUGCGGGUCCGCAUUGCAGUGUGCUCUUUAGUUUACAGAAAGCUUUUAAAACUAAGUCACAAAUCACUUGGUAAGACAGCUGCAGGUCAAUUGGUGAAUUUAUUAUCCAAUGAUGUUAAAAGGUUUGAUUUAGUAUCGCCAUAUUUACAUUUUAUUUGGAUCUCACCUAUUAAUGCUAUAGUUGCUCUCUACGUUAUGUAUCAUUAUGUUGGAUUCAUUGCUGCUCUAGCUGGAAUGACCUUUAUUACAAUAGAAUCAAUUCCUUUACAAAUUAUAAUAUCUAAUUGGCAAGGAAAGUUACGAUUUGAAAUUGCGCAGAGAACAGAUAAGCGCGUUAAACUUAUGAGUGAAAUAACUUCAGGAAUACAGGUUAUCAAGAUGUAUGCUUGGGAGAAACCUUUUAAAAAAAUAAUAGAAUUUUCAAGAAAAAAAGAAAUAGACAUAAUUGCAAAAACGUCAUACUGUUAUGGAGUUGUGUCAGCAAUGAGUAUAUUUACAGAACGACUGAUUCUUUAUAUAACUCUGGUAACAGUGAUAGCACUUGGAGGAAGAAUUACUGGAGAUAUUGCUUUUUCUUUGGCUCAACUUUUUAACAACAUUCAAUUAGCUAUGGCAAUUAAUUUUCCAAAGGCGUUAUCAUAUUACUCUGAAGCGAAGGUAUCCAUAUCCAGGUUAGAAGAAUUUCUUAUCUUAGAAGACAUGAAAGAAAACCAAAUAGCUGUCGUAAAUGAAGAAUGCAAGAUAGGUGAUGUUAAACUAAGUGAAGUUACUGCAAGCUGGACAGAAGCAUCAAUUGUUCCAACUUUAAUGAAUAUAAAUUUGCACAUUGAACCCGGAACUCUAUGCUGCAUUGUUGGCAAUGUAGGAUCUGGAAAAAGUAGUCUUUUGCAGUUGCUCUUAGGAGAACUACCUGUCUCCAGGGGAACAGUGAGUUUGCCAGGAAAAAUAUCGUACGCUUCUCAGGAGCCUUGGUUGUUUGUGUCGAAUGUUAGAAAGAAUAUUUUAUUUGGACAGCCCUAUAUAAAAAAGAAAUACCAAGAUGUUAUCAAAGUAUGUUCCUUGGAAAGAGAUUUCAAACAACUUCCAUAUGGAGACAGGACAUUAGUAGGGGAAAGGGGAACAUCUUUGAGUGGUGGCCAGAGAGCGAGAGUAAAUUUAGCUAGAGCAGUCUAUACUGAAGCAGAUAUUUAUUUACUGGACGACCCAUUGUCAGCGGUAGACACUGAAGUGGCUAGACAUUUAUUUGACGAGUGUAUAGUUAAGUAUUUGAACAGAAAAACAAGGAUUUUGGUAACUCACCAACUCCAAUUCAUGAAGAAAGCCGAUGUUAUUGUCAUAAUUAAUAAUGGUAAAAUAGAGAAAGUGGCACGAUUCAAAGAAUUAUCUGAAAAUGAAUUGAUGGUUUUCCAACAAGAAUCUCAAACAGACGACAAAGAAAAAGGCAAGAUGCCGGACAAUUAUGAAACUCGAGUUAAGAAAGCUUCAGUUACCGCGCAAUAUCAGUCAGCAACUUCGUUGGCAAGUUCGAUGCAUUUUGAAGAUCCAGAAGAAACCGAAGAAUUGAUUGAAAAGGGGAUUAUCUCUAAUUCCGUUUACAAAGAAUACUGGCGAUCUGGUGGAGGAAUUUCAUUACUAUUGUUCACAUUGUUUAUCUUUAUUUUCUCCCAAAUAAUCACCAAUGGAUCAGAUCUUUGGUUGACAUAUUGGAUUAAUAUUGAAGCAAGAAGAUACAAUUUAUUAUCGUUACUUUCUCAAUCUUCCACAAGUAUCUUUUCAAGAGUUACACAAAUGGUCACUACAAUUCCGUCAUUGUCUACAAUUUCUGGAAACCUAAUGGAACAUACUCUGACUACAGUUAUACCUUUUGAAAACGUGACAAACAGUAUAAAAUCUAUAUCAAACUCAACUUUGGAAGAAUUGGAAAAAAUUGAAAGUCACCAGUAUUAUAUUUGGAUAUAUACUGCACUAAUACUAGUAUCAGUCAUAUUUUUAACAUGGCGAUGCUUUUUAUAUUACCAAAUAUGUAUGAAUUCUUCCAAGGUUUUACAUAAAAAAAUGUUUAGCAAUAUUCUUGAGGCUCCUAUGAGAUUCUUCGACACAAAUCCUUCAGGUAGAAUAUUAAACAGAUUUUCGAAAGAUAUGGGAGCAAUUGACGAAACAUUAACGAGUUGUCAACUUGGUGCUAUCCAAAUUAUGUUUGUCAUGUGUGGAAUAUUAAUUAUGGUGUUUAUAAAUGUUCCCUGGAUGAUAAUUCCUACGCUAAUAUUUGCACCACUUUUUUACUAUUUCCGUAUAGUCUACUUAAAAACUGCACAAUCUCUAAACAGACUUGAAGGAGUUAGUAGAGCUCCCGUCUUUUCACAUAUAUCAGCUUCUUUAUAUGGAAUAACUACUAUAAGAGCUUCAAAGGCUGAAAAUAUGAUUAUCACAGAGUUUGAUAUUUUACAAGAUCAACAUACUAGUACAUGGUUCUUGUUCUUAGUAAGCAGCACUGCUUUUGGUUUUUAUUUAGAUGUCAUAAGUUGUAUUUUUUUGGCUAUAGUUACUUACCAGUACCUUAUAUUUAGAAAUGAAAACACAGUGAGCGGUACGGUAGGACUGGUAAUAUCCCAAAGUCUAAUUUUGACAGGCAUGGUACAAUCUGGUGUAAGGCAAACAGCUGAAGUAGCAAGUAAUAUGAUAAGUGUAGAAAGAGUUUUACAAUACACAAAAUUAGAUAAGGAAGGUCCCUUUGAAUCAUUGCCUACUAAGAAACCACCAAAAGAUUGGCCUAGUAAGGGUAGAAUAACAUUCAAAAAUGUUUACCUCAGUUAUGGAGAUGAUCUGCCGCCGGCUUUAAAAAAUUUAAACAUUGAGAUUAAAUCAGGAGAAAAAGUUGGUAUUGUGGGGAGAACUGGCGCUGGUAAAACUUCACUUAUUGCUUGCCUAUUCCGAUUAGCUCCAGUUGAUGGAAUUAUUUCAAUAGACGAUAUCAACACAGCAGAUAUUGGUUUGAACGAUUUGAGGUUAAAUAUUUCGAUUAUACCACAAGAACCAGUUUUGUUCUCUGCGCCACUAAGGUAUAACUUGGAUCCAUUUGAAAAACAUAACGACGAAAUUUUAUGGAAAGCUUUAGAAAAUGUAGAAUUAAAGGAUUCAGUGACAGAUUUAAAUCAACCUGUAAGUGAAGGGGGUGCCAAUUUUAGUGUAGGACAAAGACAAUUGAUAUGUCUUGCUCGAGCUAUUGUUAGAAAUAACAAAAUUCUCGUAAUGGAUGAAGCUACAGCAAAUGUAGAUCCUCAAACUGAUGCUCUAAUUCAGAAAACAAUUCGCGAAAGAUUCAGAGACUGUACAGUAUUAACAAUUGCUCACAGAUUGAAUACUAUAAUGGAUUCUGAUAGGGUAUUAGUCAUGGACGCUGGUCAAGCUAUGGAAUUCAACCACCCCUACUUACUUUUACAAAACCAAGACGGCUUCUUUACAAAAAUGGUUAAAGAAACGGGAUCUGCUAUGGAAGAUAUUCUGAGAACAGUAGCUAAAAACGCAUAUCAUAUGAAAAAAGAUUCCUAAUAUUGUCAGUAAAUAUUAGCUCUAUUCGUUUUGAUAACUUUUAAAAUUGUAUCAAAUGUUGUUUUGCUAUAAAUGUGUCCUAAUCAAAAUAAACCGAAAUUUUUGGGCCA